UCGGUGGUUUAUAAACUUCUAAGAUUACAAUCAACUUAUAACCGCGAACUAAACUUAAGUGAAAGUAAAGUAUUUAAUAAUUAUGUUUUCAGCAAAAUAAAUUAAUUAGGAAAAAUGGUGUCGGUUAAUCCACGUCACACACAUCACAGUGCGUGCUAAUGUGCGCCGGCGCAGCGCUCGCGCUCACAAGCCAUGGCCGCUAGAGCACCGCAUCACAGCUCGAAGAAGCUCGUUCCUUCCAAUUCUUCACUCGCACCCCGCGCCCUUAUCUCUCUCCUCUGCGCCAUCUCUCUCUACUUCUGCUUCUCUCUCUUCCGGAGGGAUGCGCCGCCACCGCCGCUGUUAUUCCAUCCAGCGGUGCCUGCGAAGAGCAGUGGUAGCUGCAACUACUCGGAAGGGUGCUGGAUCUAUGAUCAAUCAAUCAGAUCUCCACCGCGCUACGACCACACCUGCAAGGAGAUAUUCAAAGGAUGGAAUUGCAUCGCAGGUAACAAAUCGAACGCCGUCGACAUCCUCAGGUGGCGGUGGAAACCUCGCGGCUGCGAUAUGCCUCCGUUUGAUCCGUGGAGAUUCCUCGAGCAAUUCAGAGACACAAGCAUUGGUUUUGUUGGGGACUCCUUGAAUAGGAACAUGUUUGUUUCUCUUUUUUGUGCAUUGAGAAAAGUUUCUGCCGAGCUGAAAAAGUGGCGGCCUGCUGGAGCUGAUCGUGGUUUUACAUUCCUUAAGUACAACCUAACUAUUGCAUAUCAUCAGACGAAUCUUCUGGCUCGAUAUGUGGUAUACUCGAGUCACUUGGUUAUAAGGAUGGCUAUAGAAUUGAUGUUGAUGUACCAGAUGGGAGUUGGGCUGCCGCUCCACAUUUCCACGACAUACUCAUUUUCAAUACAGGGCACUGGUGGUGGGCUCCUUCAAAGUUUGAUCCUGUGAAAACACCAAUGCUCUUCUUUGAGAAGGGAGUACCUGUGACUCCUCCACUUACACCUAAUGCUGGGCUUGAUAUGGUGUUACGACACAUGGUUAUCUUGCUUCAUUCAUCCUUAUUGCAAGAUUCAUGCCUGCGAUGUAAACGGGCAUCUAUACAGGGCCCUUGAAGGUUCAAAAUUCCAAAUAUUGGAGAUAACCCGGAUGAGUGAGUUCAGGGCUGAUGCCCACCCAUCCACUGCUGGUGGGAAAAGGCACGACGAUUGUAUGCACUGGUGCUUACCGGGGCUCACCGAUACUUGGAAUGACUUGUUCAUAGCACACUUGAACAACAUCAAAGUUAGGAAUUGAUCAAUCCGAAUCCUAUUUAUUUUACAUUUUCUUUUCUAGUUGAUUUUUAUGAGAUUUGACUCAAACUUCUCAAGAUUUUGUUUGUGUUUACUAUUUUCACUUAGGUUUGAGAUUUGGCUUUUUAGGAUUUAGGAGCAUGUAAUUUUACGAUCAUUAUAGAACUAAUCAGCCAUGAAGUUUUAUUGUAAACUAAUAAAUGCAUUAUUGAGCUA